UGAUAGGUAAUAAAAAUAGGUUAGUAUUACAUAACCACAAUAAACAAACUUUACAACAAAGCUUAGCAACUAAAAUUAUGUAUCCAAAAUUGAUAGUAAAAUAAUUCACAUAUGGGAUAUAAAUGCCAAUUAGUAGUAGCGCGGCUACUGUUGAAAAGAAGAAAGCAUUUAAAUUACAAAAUCCAGUAAAAAGCAUUGAUCAUAAUGAGCGACAGGCUGAAAAGAAUCUUUUAAAGAUAGGCCCUGCUUUGCCAGGCAAAACCAAACGCAAUUUUUAUGUUAGAUCACAUAGUACUUUAAAUGCAUCUGCUAUUACAAAAAUACAUGAUACUCCAGUCUUUUGUGAAGCAGUUACUUUACGUACACAUUCUGAUGGGUUGUUACACGUAUCACGAGUACAAGAAGAAAAAGAAACCCAUCCUGAUAGGAUUAGUUUAGAUAGACGUGGACUGAACUCAAUUCCAAUUAUUGAUGGAGAGCCCAAGCUCCGCCUGUUAUCUAUGCAACAUAAUUUAGUUACUACUUUAGAGAUGAUUGCAAAACAGUCGUUUCCUACCUUAGUUUUUUUAGAUAUUUAUGACAACCAAUUAGAGCAGAUCCAGUACUUAGAUGAGUUGACAAAUUUGAGGGUUUUGUUAAUGGGAAAAAACAGAAUUAAAAAAAUAGAAGGACUAGAUAAUCUUACAAAUGUAGAAGUUCUUGAUCUUCAUGGCAACCAAAUAUCCCAAGUUGGCGGUUUAUCAAGUUUAACAAGUUUAAAAGUGCUCAAUUUGGCAGGCAACCAAAUUCGAAUUAUUGGCGUUAAGGAUAUAGAAGGCCUGCAAUCUUUACAAGAAUUAAAUUUGAGAAGAAAUAGGCUAAAGAAAUUGCUUGGAUUUGCCGAAGUCCCUAAUUUAGUUAAAUUAUUUCUUAGCAAUAAUGAUUUGCAAUGUGUAGAAGACAUAAGCAGUUUAGCCAAAUCUUCAAAUAUUAAAGAAAUAUCAAUAGACAAUAAUCCAGUAUUAUUGGGAGGAGACUGUAUAUCUUUUUUGGUAUCUUAUUUACCUCUACUAAAUAAACUCAAUUCAAUGCAAAUAACUGAACAAGUGCGAAAAGCUGCCAUGGCGUGGAGAAGAAAUAAAGAGGCCUCCAAUUCCACAUUUAUGGAUCUCACUAACGACGUCUCGUUGACAUGUCGACGAGAAGAAGUGAUCUCUAAUGCUAGAACAAAUUGGGAAUUCUUAAGAUCGCAAACAAAAUGUUUAACAAACAAUGGCAAUGUUGUUGAAAAAAGUUUGAAAAACCUCAAGCCAGAUUUAGAUUUUAUUAUGACCCCUUUACGUAAAUCUACAACUACUCCCAUUAGACCUGUUAAAUCAAAAUCCUGUACGAAAGUUCCUGUUUUACCUGAUAAAAAAUUUAAUCUAUUAAGAACCUCUUCUCAAGAAACUGAAAAUUCUCAGAAUACUUCAUCAUCAAACGAAUAUUUUAAAUUACCUCCUAUAUUAGUACCUAUCAUAAACAAAAUGGAAGAAAAAUCUUCAGAUCAAGGAAAACCAGGUAGCCUUACCAGUGUUGGCCCCAAUAUAGACAGCUCUGUCAGUUCAGUGGCUAGUAGUAGUGAAGUUGAUGCUGCUGAAACAACAUGUUCAUGUAUUUCUAAAGAAUCUGAUUCAGAUAAUGAAUCAGAAUGUGAUGUUGAUAUUAUGGCAGAAGAACUAAUGAAGAAAAUUCCGCGAGAUGAUUCUUUAGUAAAAUCUACUGACGUUGAAGAAUGUAGAAUAAAAAAUUGUGGAUCCGCCGAUACUUCAAGCGUUCUAUCUGGAGUAACAACUCUCUCAAAUAUUUCGAACCCGAGUAAUUCUAGUGGAGAGAAUCUGAGCAAGACUUUUACAAGAAAUAUUAGAAGUGCUGUGCACAGUAAAACAAUACCUACUAAAUGUCUUUCUAGAGCAGUUACUGCCAAGACUAAGAAACAGAGCUCUCCCGCUUUGCCAAAAGAUAGAGAACAAGGUGGUGAUUACCUUAUAGAGAUCUGUGGCAGACAUUUAAAUGUUUACGGACAAGGCGCGUUAAGGUUUAUAGACAAAAUUUGGAACGUCAGUAAGGCUCAAGAUGUGACAACAAUAAAAUUUAACUACGUUAACUUCAACAGCGUUAAUGGAGUACUGAGCAAAAUUAAACAUAGAUUCCCUAAUGUCGGACAUUUCGUGUUCAAAGAAACUAAUAUCACUUGCUUGGGGCAAUUAAAUGCCUUGGCUGAAACCCAAGGUCUAACUUCAUUGUAUAUUGACCCAGAAGGAAAUCCAAUUUGUGAGAAGAAAUGGGAAAGUUAUGCAAUUUUUCGAUUGGCGCAUUGGGGAUUAAAGAACAUAAAUGAUAAAGAGAUAACGGAAACCGACGUUAAAGCAGCUAACGAAGAAUAUCAAGGUCUAAGCGAUUUAGUUCUUUGGUCUCUUCCCGACAGUCUUUUACAACCGCUCUUAGUGCGGAUGAGAAUUGACAUAAGCAACAACGCUUUCGAUCAAGAUGCGAAGAAAUGGUUACUUAAUGCAGAUCCAGACUUAAAAAGUGUUAUCAGUAAGGAAGCGCUUCAGUGGAAAAAGCCUUCACUCUCACAGGAAGAAAAUACUAUUAGAUAUAAGGCAAAACAACAAAUUUCUCAUGUACUCGACGAUAUGGCCAAUGCGAUGAAUAAGUUAGUGAUAUUGGACGAACAAUGGCCGAAUAUACUACACAACUUUGUUCAAAAUACCUUACUGGAUUACUCACAGUUAGAUUUAUAUAUGAAGCAAAAAAUGCAAGAAUUGAGUAAGUGAUACACACUGCCAUGUAUUUCGGGGAAACUAGUUAGCUGAUGAAUUUUGUAAUUUAGAACAUAGUCUUACGAUCUUUAUGUUUUAAAAAAGAAGUUAAAAAUAUUCAACAUAGUACAUCAUAUUUUAUUACAUUGCUAAAAACUAAAAUUUGAUUCUGCUAAAAAUACUUAAUAAUACUCAAUACUAAUCAAAUUUUGACUGGUAUCACUCAUAGGACUGUUUUGUCUUUUUUUCGAGCAGAGAUCUGUAUGUUUCCUUGAAGUGAACACUGAUAUCUUUUUUAAAAUCUAAGAUUUUCAGAAGAUAAUAGGUUAGUACACUUUGCUAUGUUGCUAGUUUCGAUUAGUUUUAAGAUGUUUUCAUUCAUGAUGGUCUGGUAAGACCGAAAACGUUCUGGAAUUGUUAAUCCUUUGGUUAAUUUAAAUUUUAUAAUAAGUAUAUACCAUUUAUAUAUUUACAUCAUCUACAUUAUUAUUAUUAUUACAUUACGUAUUAUAUUACCAAUACUCGUAUUUGUGUGGGGAAAUAAAGUCAGAAUUGACAACAAUGACGUGUAUGUCGUUGUUGAAUUUACGUUUUUACUUGCUCUCUUGGUGCAACAAAGUCAGAUUGACAGUUGUGCGUGAUACAUUAGUAUGCAAUGAUAAAAUUAUGAAAUUUUUGGAGAAACAAUGACAUUUCUAAUUUUUGGAGAAACAAUGAGAUUUGCUAAUGUUCUCCCCUUUCAGGAUGCUUUAUGAGGAGAUGUUUAAGAAAAAUCCUAAGAAAAAUGUAUAUGUUAUAGUCUACUUACGUACUUACUCCAUGGCGUUACAACCCUUCAUGGGUUUAGCCGAUUCAAUAACAUGCCCCUACUCUUCUGUCUUGAGCAACCUCUAUCCAAUUUUCCACGCCCAUAGCUUUCAGGUCUCUGUUCUUUGGUCAGAAUGUCUUCUGAGGUGUCCAGCCCAUUGGAGUCUUCUAGACUCUAUUUCUUUUAUUAUGUUGGCGGCUGGGUAAAGUACUUCGAGCAUUUUGUUAGUUCUUAUCCUAUAUAUUGUCCUGCUGCUUCAUCAAGCCCUUUAGCCAAUCUAUUGUUACGCGUAUCUCGACUCUAGGAGGCACGUACUUUAUUGGGUACACAAAGAUUAAAAAACAAUAUUAAAUGAAUUACUUAGUUUCUUUCCUUUGUGGUCACCCCUAAAUUGUGACAUGAUGAUGAAAGUUUCCCAGACGAGUCUGACGGACUUUGUGAGAAACACUAGGGACGUACCGGAAUACGUUUACUGGGAUUGCACUCAAGAUGUAUAUCUCGCUUUAAACCAUUCGCUGCCUAAGAGGAUGGAACUCGGUUAGGAGCCAUUUUGUUGAACGGCACCUAACUGAAGUAACCAUAUCACUCACCAGCGCGUGAACGGCACCUGACUGACAUAACCAUAUCACGCGCUGGCACGUAAUCGGCAGCGAAUGGAUUAAUGUAUCUGGCUGAAAAAGGAAUUGUCCAUUAUGAUGUGAAAGAUCUCCAUUAUGACGUGAUUUAAAUUAGCCAAUUUCUGGACUAUCCUAGAUUUAAAAGAGGUUAAGUCAAGCUUGUCAAAGCUUGAUAAUAACCAAGUUUUUAUCAUUAGCAUAGUGUCCAUUUCACUUUUCAUAUUUUUGUACAAUAAUUAUACACGUUCAAUAUUAUUCAGUAUCUCUGCUCUUUUUAUACUACGUUGGUCUCCGCCUAUUCUCCACAAAAUUCUUUGAAAAUAAAAUUACUCAAAUAUUUGAACACAAGUCGCAAUUACAACGCUACUGAAUAUUGAAUUUAUUUGAUGCGUGGCUUCCGAAGCGAGUUGAAAUUUCUGAGCCGCGCUUCCCUGAAUGGGAAUCGAAACGUCAAAUAACAAAUGAAUUUUCGUUAAAAUAAAUUGUGGAUUAAUCCCAGAUAAACAUAAUAUUUAAUGUUUAAUUUAAGUUUUUAGAAAAUGUUUGCUCAUUUCUACGACCUACUGAUACAAAAAGUUCAUCAUCAAUAAUCUUCAGCUAAAUAUGUCUCCUUGAUGUAUGUUUAAUAUAUUAUGUACCUUAUUAUAUUUAGAAUUAAGCACUUUUGCACAGUUACUUAUUUUGAUAAAAAACUAUGUAUUCGUUUUGUUGUUAAUUUGUUAUUUGAGAAGUACAUUUUUAAAAAAGA